AUGAAACAGCAAAAGGAUGGACUUUUUUUUUAAAGUUCUUUAUAUGUAGCAGAAUUGUGUGAGCCUUUAUCCAUAAUGGAUUAUUGUAAUGAAGAUAAUUAUGAAAUCUAACCAAAAAUUUUAAAAACAGAAAAAUUAGAAAAAAUAGAAAAACCAAAAGAGAAAUCUAAUAGAAGUUAUCAUUUAUUAAAUAAAAUAGUCAACAGUCAAUCAUCCUUAAAAAAAAGAUCCUUAUAGAUGUGAUUGGGCUUAAGGAAUUUUAGCUAAAUAAUUUGGAAUACAAAUAAGUUAAGGAAGUUAAAAUCAAAGUCCUAAAUGGACAUUAAAAAAGGUAUAACCACUAGACUUUUUAUAGAAUAAUACAUUGAUAGAUCCAAAAAUUGCAAAAGUAUCAUAAAAAUCUUAAUUUAGGAAUUCAAGUCAUAAGAAAAAUUAUUUAGAUAAACUGCAAGUGAUAGUCAUAGGAAAAGAUUAGAUAAAGUGAUCAAAUCGUAUUAGUAAACAUUUAAUUGUUAAAUAUCAACACAACAUUAAUAGGGUUUACUACAUUACCAAUAGAAAUUGCCUUCUAUUCCAUGA